CUCCUCCUCUCUCUCUCUCCCUCCCCCCAUCCCUCCAUCUAUCCGCGCUUCCUUUCUUUCUCCUCUCCCGCUGGAUGGUGCGUUAGGAGCGCGUGCAGGAAGGCACCGGGACUCUCCUUUCUUCUUCUUCUUGUUCUCGGAUGGAGACGGGCUGAGCUGAGCAGGGUCCAGGUCCAGGUCCAGGUCCCAGACCGGCGCAGUCCACCUCCAGCAUCCCGCUGGAAGCUCCUCUCUCCGUGGAAAAGCCGCUGCUGGGAGCCGCGGAAGGGGAAGCAGCAGUAAGGGGAGACGCGAUCCUUCGUCAUCCGAAGGCCUCCUGCAUCCCUUCCAGGGGCGUGUCGCUGGGGGUCGUGUCCGCACCAUGCUCGUGUAGCCCGCUCAGUGCCGGAGGAGUCUUCUGUAGCGCGUCGCGUCUCCAUGCAUUCUUCAAGGCCAGAGCUGAGCUCGGCGGGAGCGGAGCGCCGCAGGCCCGCGCCGGCCCAAAUGCCCGACGACUGGGACGGGUGGAGGGAUCGAGGGAUCGCCGGGUGGAGGGACGCGGGGAGGGAAGGCUGGAGGGAGGGCAGGGAGAGCGGCGUGGUGCAGAGCUACAGCUUCGAUUCAUACCAGCUGGAAGAGGAGGAGAUCAGUAAGGAUGCCCCAGAGCGAGGAGUGCUGGCUCUGUCUGAGCCCGACUUUGAGCAGCCGAUCCCUGAUGACCGUUACCAUGGCAUCUACUUUGCAAUGCUGCUGGCUGGAGUGGGUUUCCUGCUGCCGUACAACAGCUUCAUCACCGACGUCGACUACCUGCAUCACAAGUUUCAGGGAACAUCCAUAGUGUUUGACAUGAGUCUGACGUACAUAGUGGUCGCUCUGCUGGCUGUGAUCCUCAACAAUGUGCUGGUGGAGAGGCUCAGCAUGCACACCAGGAUUACUGUGGGUUACAUCUUAGCAUUGGGGCCGCUCAUCUUUGUCAGCUUGUUUGACGUCUGGUUGGAAAAAUUCACCACCAAGCAGGCUUACGUCAUCAACCUGUUGUCAGUGGGAGUGGUGGCCUUCGGAUGCACAGUGCAGCAGUCCAGUUUCUAUGGUUACAUGGGGAUGCUGCCCAAGAGGUACACUCAAGGGGUGAUGACCGGGGAAAGCACGGCCGGAGUGAUCAUCUCGCUGUCCCGGAUCUUCACCAAGCUGCUGAUCCCUGACGAGAAGAAGAACACGCUGAUCUUCUUCCUCAUCUCCAUCAGCAUGGAGAUGCUGUGCUUUCUGCUGCACCUCGUCGUCCGACGCUCGCGCUUCGUCCGCUACUACACCGGCCACGCCCAGGGCAAAGGUCAAGUCAAAUGUCACGACCCACGGGACGCUGGGACUGGAUACAGGGUCCAUCACGAUGUCACCGCAGAGGAAGUGAUAUUUGUAUGUUUUUCCCCGACAACGGCGCCGUAAAAAUGUUUUGAUUUAACUUAAACUUUUGCUGCA